AUGAACGGUCUCACAGUGAUUGCUGCUAUCACCGGGACCGCUCAUGCCCAAACCAUGGGUGGUGCCCCACAGAGCUCAGGGUCGUGCGUGAGCCAUGCUCUCGCUGCUGGCUGCGACAUCACCGUCAAGAUACGCGCCGACAACGCUUCUUGCGUCUUCAAGCAUCGCAGCGCGCAUGUUGCGACGGCAUCCCUCUUGCCCUCCAGGCGACCUGCCAACAACUCUACAGACAGUGCAUCCAGAUCUACAUCCAUAAACUCUACUGCGUUGGGCGUCAUGAACAUCCCGAUUGCCACCGGCGCAAGCUCCCUUCCCAUCGCUAUGAAUUGGACCUACGCUAGCACUACCACCGGCGCAGUCAUUCCAAAGCCAACAGCAGGGCAAAGCUUUACCGCUCGUCUUCCCGCCACUGCUGGAGCUGCAAGUCUCUCUUCUAGGAAGCUGGCCAUGUUUGUUCUUUGUUCUUUGUGCUUUGCUGUAAAUGGGCUCAUUCUAUCUCUUGUCCACAUAUGUUUUACGAUUCUCCUUCUCCCAACUACCCAUCGCGAGCUCUUCAUUGAGUCCUAG